UCACAAAGGCAAGAGACAGUAUUGGAGAAGGAUUGUGCUUAUGAGCACGUAGUUUACGAGUUCGAUCGCAGUAUCCGGUUUCAGCGAGUGAGUUGUGUGAGUUAGGCGAAGUGGCGAGAAAGAGGUUAUUAAAGUGGGAGAAAGAAGCAAAGGGAAGAGGUAGAAAUUGACGGGCGCUGUUUAGGCGGAUGAUAUACAUCAGUUUUUAAAAUAGAACGAACGUCGUUUAAUGUGCGUACAUAUACAGUCUCGAAUCGGAAUAAUCACUGUAAAGUUAAUUUCACGUUUCCACGAACAUAUGUGUACGCGCGCGUGCGCGUUUCGAGGGGACGAAUACGGAAAGAAGUUUCGCUGUCGAACGGUAAUCGUAUUGUGAAAAAUCCGUGCGAAGCAGCGAAAACAAACAUCUUAUGUCCGCCAUCUUGUGCCUCUCCAGCUGCGUUGAAAGGAAGUGAGAGAAUACGGACGACGCGUGUGGUGUUAUUUUGUUCGGCGAAAGGAAAAAAGUGUAAGCAAAGGUGACCUACGGUCACCGAAUGUGGUCAAAUUCGCAAAAAACACGAAUAGGGAGGACUGCGAGAGAACUCAAAGUAAGCAGGGCGAGGUAGCAUUGCGCUCACUAGGAGGUUCGUGGGGUACCCCACCAAAGUUUAUUCCUCCGCGUUCCCCCUUCCCUUUUGCCCUGGAUCUCGAGAUUAUUGCGCAGUUAGAAAAAUCAUUCUAUACAAACACCGCCGAAAACUUUGUUGCAUCUUUUGAAAGUGGCCCGCGGACAUCAUACGACGGGUCGGUUGACUUUGUAAGUGAUAGAAAAGUCGAGAGUACGCUAUACAAACCAUGACGAAUUCAGUACCAAAAUUGAACAACAAAGUGGACCGGCAGGGGUCGCCGAAUGUUGGCGUCGAACGAAAUCAUCACCGUUCAAGUGCAAUCAAAUCGUCGACGUUCUUCUACAGCAGUGGAAGAUCUUACGGCAGAAGUUCGACCGGUAGACUGAGCUGCAGUCCGCACGGUUCGUCGAAGGGUACUAGAAACUCGCCAUUACGAUACGAGUAUAGUCCGCGAGGCAGUCCAACGAAUAGCUUCUACGCGGGUGCAAAGUUUUCCGAGCCGCCGUCUCCUGCGAGCCUUCCCAAACCACCGAGCCAUUGGACUACGAGACUGAUGACCAGUUGUCAGCAAGCCGACAGGAGUUGCGAUAUUUCAAAUCAUCUGAAGAUGAUAUUAAACGUCCAAGCCUGAUACCUAAAUACCAACAAGCCGCUAGAAACGGUAACCAGCUCCUAAAAGCGAAGAGCCAGGUACGAUAUUAUCGUCCCACCUCUUGGAUUUAAGGAUCUAUUUUUUUUUUUGUCUUGUAUGUGAUGUCAAGCUGCUCGUUUGAAA